UCUGGAAUCGACCGGGCCUUGGCCUCCGCCAGCAGCGGAUUUUCCGCGGUUGCGGCUGGUGAGGCAGGCGGAGCCCGGGCGGAGCCUGAGACUAUUUCAGGCUGUGCCCAGCCAGGGCCAGGACUAAGGCGUCCUGUCCCGGACACAGCCUGAGCCAGGGUGAGUGAUGCUGAAGAUGGUGACUUUCUUCCAAGGGCUUCCUGGCCAGCAGUCUGUCCCAGGGACCCUGGACUUCCCUGGAAGCCUCCAAAAGUCACGCUCCACAUCUGAGGCAGACUCAGAGGCCUCCAUGUCAGAGGCUUCCUCCGAGGACCUGAUGGCAGCCCAGGAGGCUGGCAUGGCUCCUGAUGGGGAGGAGUCUGCAAAGAAAAAGGAGAAGACGUCCAAAGGGUUGGCCAACAUGUUCAGUGUUUUCACCAAAGGGAAAAAGAAGAAAAAGAGUCAGCCUAGAUUAUCCGAUCCGGAGGUCCAGCCCAAGUCCAGGCCCGAGCCCGAUGGUCCACUACCCACAGUGGAGGAGAUCAAGGAGGCCCUGGAGCGCGGGCAACUGGAGGCGGCGCGGCAGGUGCUCUCAUUGGAGCGAGAGCUGGAGGCGGCAGCGGUGGCGGGUGGCACGAGCGAGGAGGAGCUGGUGUGGCGGCAGAGCAAGGUGGAGGCGCUGUAUGUGAUGCUUCGCGAUCAGGUGCUCGGGGUGUUGCGGCGGCCACUGGAGGCUGCACCCGACCGCCUGCGCCAGGCUCUGGCCGUGGUGUCACAGCAGGAGCUCGAGGACCGUCGGGCGGCGGAGGGACCCGUGGCGACUGCACUGGCGGCCACGCGCCCGCGGCGCUGGCUGAAACUGUGGAGAAGCGUCGUGGCGGAGGUGGCAGCGGAGCGUCUGGACGCGCAGCCGGCCGUGGUGCCUGACGGCCGUUCUGAGGCCGAGAGCAGGUUCCUUCACAUGGGCCUCACCAUGAAGGAGGACCUGGAGGCUGUGGUGGAGCGUCUGAAACCGCUCUUCCCCGAGGAGUUCAACGUGGUGCACACCUACGCUGAGAGCUACCACGAGCACUUUGCGGCUCACCUGUGCACCUUGGCGCAGUUCGAGCUGUGUGAGAGGGACACCUAUUUGCUGCUGCUCUGGGUGCAGAACUUCUACCCCAAUGAGAUUCUGAACAGCCCUAAGUUGGCACAGGAGCUGCAGGGCAUCAGCCUUGGGAGCCUCCUGCCUCCCAAGCAGAUCAGGUUGUUGGAGGCUGUGUUCCUGUCCAAUGAGGUGGCCAACGUGAAAUUGCUCAUGACCCGAGCUUUGGAGCUAGAGUCUCGGCGCUGGGCCCAGGAUGAGGCUCCCCAAAGCCUGGAUGGCCACUGCCACAGUGAGCUGGCCAUAGACAUCAUCCAGAUUAUUUCGCAAGGCCAGGCCAAGGCUGAGAACAUCACUUCCGAUGUGGGGGCCCAGAUAAAACAGUUGCUCCUGGUGGAGCUGGCUGCGCUACUGAAGAGCUACCAGCGCACCUUUGAUGAGUUUCUAGAGAAAAGCAAACUGCUGAGAAAUUAUAGGGUCAACAUCAUCGCCAACAUCAACAACUGCCUGUCCUUCCGGACAUCUAUGGAGCAGAAGUGGCAGAUACCUCAUGACUCUCUGAGGCACCUGGUGGAGCCCUUGAAAGAGAUCAAGGCUCAUGGCUUCGACACCCUGCUCCAGAGCCUGUUUUUGGACCUGAAGCCACUGUUCAAGAAAUUCACCCAGACCCGCUGGGCAAAGCCAGUUGAGACCCUGGAGGAGAUCAUUGCUACUGUGGACGUCAGGCUGCCUGAGUUUUCAGAGCUGCAGGAUUGCUUUCGGGAGGAACUCAUGGAGGCCGUGCACCUGCACCUGGUGAAAGAGUACAUCAUCCGGCUCAGCAAAAGGCGCCUGGUCCUCAGGACGGCCGAGCAGCAGCAGCAGCUGGCAAAGCACAUCCUGGCCAACGCUGAUGCCAUUCAGCGUUUCUGCACUGAGAAUGGCUCCACCGCAACCUGGCUGUACCGUGCCCUCCCUACCAUAGCUGAGAUUAUCCGCCUACAAGAUCCCAGUGCUAUCAAGAUUGAGGUGGCCACAUAUGUCACCUGUUACCCCGACUUCAGCAAAGGCCACCUGAACGCCAUCCUGGCCAUCAAGGGCAACCUACCAAGCAGCGAAGUCAGGGGUAUCCGGAAUAUUCUGGACGUCAGCACUGGAGCGCAGGAGACGUCCAGGCCCCUAUUUUCACUUAUAAAAGUUGGUUAGCUUUUCCAAGAGUCUGAUGUGCUCAUGAGCAGCCAGCGGACAUCAGGCGCCAUCCCAGUCGGGCAUGCUCAAUGGCCCUGGCUCCAUGACGCCCAUCACCAUCCUCCCACAAUUCUGCAGCUGCGUCUGCCCAGCCCU